AUGGGAGGUGGCGGAGGGGGGAUGGGUGGUGGAGGAGGGAUGAUAAGUGGUGGAGGAGGAGGGAUGAUGGGUGGGGGAGGAGGAGGGAUGAUGGGUGGUGGAGGAGGAGGGAUGAUGGGUGGUGGAGGAGGAGGGAUGAUCGGCGGUGGAGGAGGAGGAAUGAUGGGUGGAGGAGGAGGAGGGAUGAUGGGUGGCGGAGGAGGAGGGAUGAUGGGUGGUGGAGGAGGAGGGAUGAUGGGUGGCGGAGGAGGAGGAAUGAUGGGUGGCGGAGGAGGAGGGAUGAUGGGUGGCGGAGGAGGAGGAAUGAUGGGUGGCGGAGGAAGAGGAAUGAUGGGUGGUGGAGGUGGAAUGUUGGGUAAUGGCGGAGGGAUGAUGGGUGGUGGAGGAGGAAUGAUGGGUGGUGGAGGUGGGAGAGGGAAACCUCAAGGCCUUCACACAUUUCGAAACGAUGCCCUGCAAGCGCACAAUAAGUACAGACAGACACACAACGCUAUGGCGCUCCGAAUGAACGGGGGUUUGAACCGCCAGGCAGAGCACUACGCCCAGAGAUUGGCUCAACGUGGAUUUUACAAAGUAAGACGCGACCCUUAUAUUCGCCCAGGAGUUGGAGAAAAUCUUUUUGUACAAUGUGGCAAUCAUAUCAGCGGGGCCGACGUAUCAAAAGCAUGGUACAGUGAAGUUUGCGGCUACAAUUUUGAUAAGCCGUCAAAGAGUAAAGGCUUCGUGGAUUAUUUCACACAGUUAGUCUGGCGAAAGACGAAGGCUUUUGGGAUUGGUCGAGCUUUUGGUAACACAGACGGCAUGCAGUGUACAUACGUGGUGGGCCGCUAUUUUCCAUCUGGAAAUUAUCUUGGUAAAGAGAGGAAUAACGUUCUGAGAGGGCGAUAUAAUCCAGCCAUGUGCGGUGGAGGCGGUGCUGGAGGUGGUGGGAUGGGAGGCGGAGGACAGGGUGGUGGAGGUGGUCCUGGGGGUAGUGAAGGGGCCGGCGGCGGUGGUGCUGGUGGUGGUGGGGAAGGAGGAGGGGGUGGGGGUGGACAAGGAGGGGGCGGUGGAGGUGGUCCUGGAGGUGGAGAAGGAGGCGGAGGUGGUGGUACUGAAGGUGGUGGUGCUGGAGGUGGUGAUGCUGGAGGUGGCGGUGGACAAGGAGGGGGUGGUGAAGGGGGCGGAGGUGGUGAAGAACAAGGAGGAGGUGGCGGAGGACAAGGAGGAGGCGGGGGUGGAGGUGAAGGUGGUGGAAGUCCAGCGGGCGGAGGAGGAGGCGGAGGUUUUGGAGGUGGUGGCGGAGGCGGAGGUGGAGAACAGACACAAGCUGAAUUUGAACAGGAAGGUUUGGAAGCUCAUAAUAAAUAUCGAGCUAUUCAUGAGGUCGCCCCAAUGAAACUGAACACGGAGAUGAACGCUCAAGCAGCGAAAUGGGCUAAACAUAUGGCUUCAUUAGGAACGUUAAAACAUGCAGAAAGUAGUGAAAGGAAUGGGGAUGGCGAAAAUAUCUAUUAUAGUUGUGGUAUGGCCGCUUCUGGUGGAUCGGUUACCAAUGAAUGGUAUAAAGAAGUGUGUGACUAUGAUUUCAAUACAGGCAAAUCAGCCAAUGGCAAGGCAGUUGGUCAUUUUACCCAAGUUACUUGGAAAACAAGUCUAGAGCUUGGCAUGGGCAGAGCUACGAAGGGGGGUUGCACUUACGUCGUGGGACGAUACAAACCGCCGGGAAAUUGGAUGGGGAAGGAAAAGGAGAAUGUUUUUAAGGGAACUUUCGAUAAGUCUUACUGUCAGAAUCCCAAAUGGGUGCCAAGCGGUGGAGGAGGUGGGGGUGGCACAGCUGGGGGUGGUGGUGCAGCUGGGGGUGGUGGUGCAGGUGGAGGUGGUACAGCUGGAGGUGGAGGGGAUGGUGCAGCUGGGGGUGGUGGUGGUGCAGCUGGGGGUGGUGGUGGUGCAGCUGGGGGUGGUGGUGGUGCAGCUGGAGGCGGCGGUGCAGGUGGAGCAGCUGGAGGAGGUGCUGUAGGUGGUGCAGCCGGUGGUGGUGCAGCCGGAGGUGGUGCUGCAGGAGGUGGUACUGCAGGGGGUGCUGCUGCGGGAGGUGGUGCUGCAGGAGGUGGUGCCGGAGGUGGUGGGGUGGCGGUGGCGGUGGUGAUGGUGGAGGAAAAAGCUGGAGUACAAAAUGGGGAGGAGGCGAUAAUGGAGGGGGAGGGGGAGGAAAUAGUUGGAGUUCAAAAUGGGGAGGUGAUAAUGGUGGAAACUGGGGUGGAAGUUGGGGUGGAGGUGGAUCUCGAGUGUCGCAGAGCGACAAACCAUAAAUCAAACAAAUUUUGA